ACUACAAAGUAUAUUUAGUGUCACUAGAGUAAAUACUAAGCUUUUACACUAUAUUUGAAUAAUUUUACUUUUUUGGAAAUAAUUUUUUUAUUGGACCGGGGCAAAAAAAGUUGACCGGGGGCAAGUGUCCCCAAUCAAGGCAAUUAGGUAGAUCUCCGAGUAUCUUUGCUCAACCAGUUGAGGGAUAAGAGGGCCAAGUGGGUUCGGCUCUGCUUCCACUGCAGAGAAAGUCACACACGCCAUUGAUGCCUCUCAUCUCACCGCCAUUGUUACAGGCGGUGGGAGUGGAAUUGGGCUGGAGACGGUGAGGGUGUUAACACUGAGGAAGGCCCAUGUCAUCAUAGCGGCCCGAAACACAGAGACCGCAAAAGAGGCCAAAGCCCACAUUUUGAAAGACAACCCAACGGCCCGAGUUGAUGUCAUGAAACUUGACCUCUCCUCAUUGAGAUCCAUUAAGGCUUUUGCUGAUGACUUCAAAGCCCUCUCUCUCCCUCUCAACAUCUUGAUAAACAAUGCAGGCAUCAUGUUCACCCCAUUUGAGCUUUCCCAAGAUGGGCAUGAGAUGCAAUUUGCAACCAACCAUCUUGGUCAUUUUUACUUGACAAACCUUCUCCUGGACACAAUGAAGGAAACUGCAAAGGCUUCUGGCAUUGAGGGCAGAAUCGUCAAUUUGUCGUCAAUAGCCCACCGCUAUCCUUAUAGAAAAGGAAUAAAAUUUGACCAUAUGAAUGAUAAGAAAAGUUAUAAUGACAAAAUGGCCUAUGGACAGUCCAAGCUUGCAAACAUAUUGCAUGCCAAUGAGUUGUCUCGACGUCUACGGGAAGAGGGGGCAAAUAUAAGUGUGAAUUCAGUGCACCCAGGGGUGAUAAUGACAAAUCUUAUGAGACACUCAACCCUUUUGAUGAAUAUUUUGAGGAUUUUCACUUGUGUGAUUUGGAAGAAUGUCCCUCAGGGUGCAGCUACAACUUGUUAUGUGGCUCUUCAUCCGGAUCUGAAAGGUGUGUCGGGAAAGUACUUUGUUGAUUGCAACGAGUGCAAGCCAUCAAAGCUUGCUAGAAAGGAAGCUUUGGGCAAAAAACUUUGGGAUUUCAGCAAUCAAUUGAUCAAGGAAUCUAAAAACAUGUGAAAUUCUAGUUGUGUUUUUAUUGUUUACUCUAUUAUCUAUUUAUAAGUCUUAGUGGGUAUGCAACAAAUAAUAAUAAUUAAUUGUACUCCAUGUUAUGGAUUGUGGAACAUAUCAUUAGAGCCUUUAAUGUAAGGUAUGGAAUCUU